CUUGAACUCAAUUUUUUUGAAUUGUUAUUUGUUGUGGAAAUAUUAAGUCUUCAUUCAAUUUAUUCAUCAUAUAAACCACACAUUUUGUAAAAAUCCAAUUAUUUGUCAAUAUUCUAAUCAAGUGAAAUGAAAUAAUCAAGUACCUAGUUUCAAUAUUUGGUUCAUUUGGUUAAAUCAUCGCAAAGUAAUACAACGAGUGAUAGGAUGAGUGCAUUGAAAGUGAAUGCAUCCCAAAGUGAUGUCUUGGACGCCAGCACUGGUUAUCACUACUAUAUUCAUCAGUUUUGGGACGACAGGUGCGACCCGCGGACCAACCACUUGCCACUCAUGAGUGGCGGUCCAUGGAAUCUGAUGGCCAUUCUCAUGGCUUACUUCGUGAUCGUCACCAAAUUGGGUCCAAAGUGGAUGAAAAACCGGAAUCCCUUUGAACUGAGAAGUCUUAUGCUGUUAUACAAUGUGGUGAUGGUCUCCAUAAACCUAUUCUUCUUAUACGAAUCGGUCCAAUGGCUGCACUUCGGCACAAGACUUCUGGACUUUAAGUUUCCGGACAAUCGGGACACCAGUGCCGCCUCCAUGAGAGUGGUCCACAUGUUUCACUACUAUAUGAUCACCAAAUUUGUCGACUUUAUCGACACGUUCUUCUUCGUGGCCCGAAAGAAGACCAAUCAGAUAACAGUCCUUCAUAUCUAUCAUCACAUAUCUGUUCCCAUCAUCGGAUGGAUCAGUGCGUGGGUCUCACCACUGAUGCCAGUGUUGGGAUUAUUUGCAUUACUCAACUGUUUUUGUCACGUUUUGAUGUAUUCCUACUACGCUUUGGCGGCGUUUGGGCCGUCAGUUCAGCCCUACUUAUGGUGGAAGCGAUACAUCACUCAAAUCCAAUUGAUUCAGUUCGCACUCAUCGGCAUCUAUGGCCUCAUUCUGAACAUAUAUCACGUGGACUACCCAUUGGUGUAUAGAGUACUGCCUGUAUCCCAGGGACCCAUAUUCUUCGUGAUGUUCGCCAACUUCUACAUCAAGGCUUACCGAAGAAAGCAGGAGUUGCGCCGCAAAUCCAAAGCCAAUUGAGUGACCAUUCAUUUGAAAAGUCUUAACCCAUGGUUUGCCGUGAUUUUACAUAACCAUAUACCAGUAUAUCCCCGAGUAUUAAUUCACUAAACAUUUUCAGUCAAUUUUACUAUCAUUUUAUUGAGUCCUUAUAGUAAUU